AUGAACGUUUAUGACGAGGUAAUAAAUGCCACAGUCGUGCAAAACUGUAUUCAAGGCUAUUUCACAUCCGCACUUCAACAGGAACUUAUUAUCUCGAGGACCAACGUCCUUUCAGUUUUUCACUAUAGUGCUAAGGGGCAAUUGGUGCUGAGCUAUGAGUGGAAGUUGUCAGGACAUGUGCACUCCAUGGCUUUGAUUCCUCAACCUGGAUCGGAGCUUUAUUGUUUAGUGAUUUUAACAGGAUGUGGAAAGCUUUCUAUACUGAAGUUUGAUCAUAUGUCUCAAAGCUUGGAUACGCUUAGUCUACAUUACUACGAAGAUAAGUUCAAGGAAUUGAGUCUAUUAGAAAUUAGUAACACACCAUCGCUUAUUGUUGACCGUUCGUUCAGAUGUUUAUUAGUUCGCAACAACGACUGUAUCGCUAUUCUGCCGUUGAACGUAACGAAAGAGGAAGAAGAAGAAGAAGAAGAUAAUGAAAAAGACGAAGAUCGGAGCAAUGGUGGCAGGUUUAGCUUUAAAAGGCACAAGUUAAAUGGUGGUUCGGUAAAACAAUUUGUAAAUUCAAGCACAAUUAUGCCCGCAUCUCAUUUACAUUCAGAUAUUAAGAAUGUUUUGGACGUUCAGUUUUUGCAUGGCUUUAAUAAACCUACCUUAGCAAUUCUAUAUCAACCUAUCUUGGCAUGGAGUGGUAAUGAAAAGUUAAGAAGUCAAACGGUAAAGGUGAUUAUUUUGUCAUUGGAUUUUGAAGACGAAAAAUCUACCGUGAUUAACAUUAUUCAAGGACUUCCAAAUGACCUACAUACUCUGAUUCCACUAUCUAACGCAUCUAUUGUUGUUGGUGUAAAUGAGCUAAUUUAUAUCGAUAACACAGGGGCACUACAAGGCACUGUAUCGUUAAAUUCCUUUUCUAAAACCGUGUUGAAUACUAAAGUAAAGGAUAAUUCUAGCCUACAAGCCUUUUUUAAUCGUCCCGUUUGUCAAUAUACAACAAUUUCAAAGGGGAAGGAUAUCAUGUUAUUAAUGGAUGAAAAAUCCCAGAUGUACAAUGUGAUAAUAGAGUCAGAAGGCAGAUUGGUAACUGCAUUUAAUUGUGUGAGAUUGCCAAUCGUCAACGACAUUUUUAAAAAUAAUCAUUUACCAACCUGCAUAUGUGGGGAUGUUGAUUUAGAAACCGGAAAUCUAUUCAUUGGAUUCAAAUCUGGAGAUGCAAUGCGUGUAAGACUGAACAAUUUAAGGUCUUCAUUAGCGUCAAAAGGCAAUGUAGUCGAAACUAUGGAAGCUGACGAAGAUUAUGAUGAAUUAUACGGCGGCAGCACUGAAGUAGAAAAGAAAAAUAUGGAUACAGAAACACCUUUUGAUAUUGAAACUUUGGAUAACUUAAUAAAUAUCGGACCUCUUACCUCGUUAGCAGUCGGUAAAGUAUCAUCCAUAGAACCAACAAUCGCUAAAUUAACAAAUCCAAAUAGAUGUGAACUCUCAAUUGUAGCUACAUCAGGAAACAGCACCGGGUCCCAUUUGACAGUUUUCGAGAAUACCAUUGUACCAACAGUUGAAAAAGCCCUAAAAUUUAUUUCGGUCACACAAAUAUGGAAUUUGAAAAUUAAGGAUAAGGAUAAAUAUUUGGUAACUACUGAUUCUUCCCAAAGUAAGAGUGAUAUUUAUUCGAUAGACAGAGACUUUAAGCCGUUUAAAUCCUUUGAUUUUAAAAAAAAUGAUACUACGGUAAGUACUGCAGUUACAGGUGCUGGUAAAAGAAUUGUUCAGGUAACCUCUAAAGGAGUUUAUUUAUUUGAUAUAAACUUUAAACGUAUGAUGACCAUGAACUUUGACUUUGAAGUUGUUCAUGUCUGUAUUAAUGAUCCAUUUUUGUUAUUGACAAAUUCUAAGGGUGAUAUUAAGAUCUAUGAACUUGAGCCAAAACACAAGAAAAAAUUCGUUAAGAUGGUCCUACCAGAAGCGUUGAAAGAAAUUAUUAUUACAUUUGGCGUCAUUCUGGAAAGUAAUAUGUGUAACAAGUAUUUACACGGUCUAGAAAAUUCCAAUAAGAAUCAGCUUUUAUUUACAUUUGUCACAGCUGAUAAUCAAAUUGUAUUCUUUACAAAGGAGCACAACGAUAGGAUUUUCCAACUUAAUGGAAUUGAUGAGUUUCACGAAAGGCUUUUUAUAAGUACUUAUCAGUUACCGGAAGAGAUUAAUCCAGAUCCAUCGAUCAAGCAAGUAAUGAUCAACAAACUAGGACAUAAAUUCAAGGAGGAAUAUUUAACUAUAUUAACGUUUGGUGGUGAAAUAUAUUUAUAUCGGAAAUGUGUUGAUAAUCCGGAUAAAUUUGUCAAGUGUGAACAUGAGUUAUAUAUUACAGGUGCGCCAGAUAAUGCAUAUGCUAAAGGUGUUCACGGCGUGGAACGAGUUGCUCAUUACAUAGAAGAUUAUAAUGGUUAUUCCGUCAUUUUCGUAACAGGAACUGUCUCAUACAUUAUAAUAAAAGAGGAUACAUCCGUUCCGCGCAUUUUUCCUUUUGGAAAUAUAACCUUAGUAUCUAUGACUCGGUGGGGGAAGAAUAGUGUUAUGUGCGUUGAUGAUGGCAAAAAUGCUCGUAUCAUGACGUUGAACUUGGACAACCACAGAUAUUAUGGUAAUAAAAUGCCCUUGAGAAAAAUCUUUUUAGAAGAUGUUCUUGAGGAUUUCGAAACCUUCAAUAAUAUCACUUAUCAUGAGAGAACACAGAAUUUUAUAGUUUCAUUCUCGAAAUCCAUUGACUAUGAUGCUCUAAGUGAAGAAGGUGAGAGAAUUGUGGGAUAUGAAGCUUCGAAGCCCCAUGCAAAGGGAUUCCAAUCUGGGAUUUUAUUGAUUAAUCCAAAAACCUGGAAUAUCAUUGACAGGAUUGAACUGGGGCCAAAUUCGCUGAUAAGUGACAUGAGAACAAUGAUGAUUCAAUUAAAUUCAAAUACCAAACGGAAAAGAGAAUAUCUAGUAGUUGGUAACACAUAUGUGCGCGAUGAAGAUAUUAGUGGAACUGGUUCAUUUUACUUGUAUGAUAUAACUGAGGUUGUUCCGGAGCCAGGAAAACCAGACACUAACUAUAAAUUUAAAGAAAUAUUCCAAGAAGAUAUUAGAGGCACUGUUUCUACUGUUUGUGAAAUUAGUGGCAGAUUCAUGAUUAGUCAAAGCUCCAAGGCAAUGGUCAGAGACAUACAAGAAGAUAACUCGGUUGUUCCUGUUGCUUUUUUGGAUAUGCCUGUUUUCAUAACAGAUGCAAAGAGCUUUGGAAAUUUGAUGAUAAUUGGUGAUGCCAUGCAUGGCUUCACCUUUGUAGGCUUUGAUGCAGAACCUUACAGAAUGAUAACUCUAGGUAAGAGUGUAACCAAACUAGAAACGAUGAGCUUAGAAUUCUUGGUGAAUAAUGGUGAUAUGUAUUUCAUUAUCACUGAUAGAAGUCAAGUCAUGCAUGUUUUGAAAUAUGCUCCUGAUGAACCAAACUCCCUAUCAGGCCAAAGACUAGUUUAUUGCACCAGCUUUAAUUUGCAUUCUAUAAAUACAUGUAUGCGAUUGAUCCAGAAAAACAAUGAAUUUGUAGACCUCAGAAGAAACUAUGGUUCACAUAUGUCUACAUUUCAAUGCAUUGGAUGCCAUAUUGAUGGUUCCAUUUUUAAGGUCGUUCCCUUGACGGAGUCUUCCUACAGAAGACUAUAUCUAGUACAACAACAAAUAAUCGACAAAGAAGUUCAACUUUGUGGAUUGAAUCCUAGAAUGGAGCGUCUUCAGAACCCUUAUUAUCAAUUGGGCCAUCUCUUGAGACCAAUGCUGGAUUUUACCAUUUUAAAGAAAUUUUCCACUUUGUCAAUUUCAAAGCGGAGAUCUAUGGCUAGCAAAGCAGGUCAUCAGGCACAUACUGAGGUAUGGCGUGAUCUAAUUGAUAUAGAAUACUCUUUAACUUCUUUAAAUAAGUCUACCAAUUAG